GCCACAUCACUACACUUUUUGGCAUCUAGAAACUUCAAAACUGACAGAUAACCUCUUCAUCUUCAGUCAGUAUCUGUGGUAUCGUUUUUCAGUGCAGUGACUAAACAAUAAUAAAAUAAGAAAGAAUGCCAAUUAAUUGAGCACAAAAUUGGUCAAAUGGUGACACGUAUGCGAUGACAUCAUUUUAACUCAUUACCAAUAGUAUUUUUACAAUUAAAGGGUGUAAAGUUGUACAUAAAAAGUUAGUACGAACUGCGUAUCUCACUUUUGCUUAUUUCACCCAGAAAACUACAUAAGAACUUGUAAAUAUGACUGAAUUUAGUGAGUUCUACUACGGAAUACCAUUCUUUACACGAUAUUGGUUGACAGCUACUGUAGUUAUCAGUAUUUUAGCCAAAUUCGGUUUCUUCAAUCCAUUUAACUUGAUUUUAUUAUGGUCGCCGUUCUAUUCCGAGUUCCAAAUAUGGCGCCCUCUAACAGCUCUCUUCUACUUUCCCCCGAGCUUCCCGUUCUUGGUGAACUGCUACUUCCUGUACAGCUACUCAGAGCGCCUGGAGACGGGCAUGUUCGCCGGCAAGCCCGCUGACUACUUCACCAUGUUGGUGUUCAACUGGCUGGUGUGUGUGGUUAUUGGAUUCUUGAUUAAUAUGCCGCUGUUAAUGAUUCCGAUGGUGAUCUCAGUGCUGUACGUGUGGUGCCAGCUGAAUAAGGACGUGAUGGUGAUGUUCUGGUUCGGGACGCGGUUCCGCGCCAUGUAUCUGCCGUGGGUGCUGUUCAUGUUCAACCUUAUCGUCAGUGGAGGUGGUGUCGCCGAGUUUAUCGGUAUCCUGGUGGGCCACCUGGCCUUCUUCCUGCUGUUCAAGUAUCCUCAGGAGUUCGGCGGACCCACGCUGCUGUCUCCACCAGCUAUAGUGCGGAAAUGGUUCCCCAACUCGCGGACGCCGGUGACCGGCUUCGGGCGGCCCGCGCAGGCGCGCAGCCCCGCCGCCGCGCCGGGCCGCGACUGGGGCGCGGGCUACACGCUCGGGGGCAACUGAGCGCUGUGAUUGGUCCUUCACUUUUGGUGGUCUAACGCUAUUGGUCGAAUUAAAGCGACUAGAUGUGGGCCAGGAAUACUAUGGGUGAAUUGGAAAAAUAUAAGGGCGCGUUGCACGGACGUAAUGUAUAUUAUGCGGUAACGUUUAAGAACCCCAUUUAUUUAUACUUAGGAUAUAAUUCAGCUGUUAUUUUGCACUACUUCUAUGCCUUCUAGUGUUCCUUUUUGUUUAGUUGUGUAAACUAUUUUUACAGUACAUAUGGUGCUAUUUUACCGCACUAGUGCGCAAAUUAGUAUAUUACGUUACUGUGUCAAACAUUUAAAGGUCAAUUAUGUACUGUAAAAUGUUGUACGAUACUUGUGCGAGUAGGCAAUUCGCAACUCGUGUCAAUUUAAAACAGUCCCUUGGGUCGUCUUUUAAUUUAUCCUUAGUCGUUGCAAAUUUCCCAUUUUUCGCACUUGUAUCGUUAAUAAUUUUAAUGCAACGACAAAUGAAGGGUACACGGAAAGUACGUGGCUAGUCACUUUAGUAACAUUUUUUGUAAUCGCGUUUUUAAAAUUUGGAACGAUGCAAAUGUACGUUAAUUCCGUGACUUCCUUUUUUUUAAGUAAUAAAAAGUUGUUAAUAAUACAGUGGUUACAGAAGAUAUGAGUAAUUCAUCAAGACCUCUGAAUUUUGAGAUUAAAAUCUCAUUUUCAGAAAUAAGUGACCAGACAUGUUCUUUCUGCUGUGGAGAGUUAACUGGUUAUUAAGUCUUAAAUGAGUUCUCAGUUUUGUGGAAUUAAUCUGUUUUGUUUUUAAUCAGAAAUGUUCACUGACCUUGCUUUGUAUCUAUUAUUUUAGAUAAUUUAAGAGACUGAUAAAAUCCAGUACUUAUACCAAUCUGUUGUAUCAAGAUUUGUAAACACAAACAUGGUGAAUACAGACAAGAUUUCAAAUUGUUAUAAUGAAAUGUUUGUAUUCAAUAGGCGCGUCCACACAGAGCAGGCAUACGCGCGAGGCAAUGUUCUCGCGCACAAAGGCUAAGCGAGGCUGCGCGCGCCGCCUCGACCGAGGCACGUCUACAUUGACCGGUUUGUGCGCGAGAACAUUGCCUCGCACAUACGUGCUCGCUCUGUGUGGACCCCGCCUAUUCUAGUCCAGUGAGAUAACUUUGUCUAAAGUUAGAAUUAUAUGCAUUUUUGAGAACUUCGCAAGUCAAUAAUAAGGGCGCAAUUUAUAUACAAUCCCUAUAAACAUUUCAAUAGCGCGAUGUAAAAAUCGCCGCGCCCGGUACAGCGCCAUCUCGCGUGAUAUUUGGUAAAUAUGAUUUAUAAGAAAGUACUCUAUGGAAGUACGGACGCGAACAAUGCUGUAUUAUUCAUUAAUGGUACAUUCCUUUCUGAACAUAAUCAUCGCAUGGUCUUGUUUUAAACGAUCCUGAUUCUAAUUUAAAUAAGACUUUGUACAUAUACAAUAUUAUGUAAUCAUCAAGUACAAGUGUAUAUAAAUAAAAAAAUAAAAUAAAUAUAAUUUAAUUCAGACUUUAAAAAACCAUAUCUUGUUCGUAUUAUUUAAACCAGAGAAUUUGCAAUAGAGGUGGAUUGUCAAAAAAACUUUGUCGCCAUAGUAAAUUUACUGCUAUCUUUCGACACAUGAUUAAAACUUUUAGAACGCCAUUUGAUUUUGAUCCUUAUUCUUUCACUGAUAUGUGUUAAAUAUCAAAAAGUGGCGCCAUCUAAUAGAUCAAAGACCAAAGCAUCGUUUCGAGCGAUGGCGUUACAACCUUUAGCCGCUGCCCGGUAAGAUGGCGCCACUUUGAUAUUUAAUAAAUUUGACACAUAUCAGAGAAAGAAUAAGGAUCAAUGUCAAUUGGCGUUCCAAAAGUUUUAAUCAUGUGUCUAAAGAUGGCAGUAAAUUUACUGUGGCUACAAAAUUUUCUUUUUUUUACUUUUCGAUUCGAAAUUAAAAAAUAACCGUAAAUGCCAAGUACAUCAUAUGUUAGGCGGAUUUGAAGAAAAUUUCAAGGAGUACUGAUAUGUGUUAAUCAUGUGCCCCUCCCCUUGAUCGACAUCAACUUCUCCACAUUCUACUAAUAUGCUACUAUUGGGACAGUUUUGCUCCUAAGUGUAUAUAUGUAACAUUUAUUUAUACAGAGUGACUUAAUUUUAAUAAAGAAUUUAAUCACAAUGUAAGAUUUGA